CGGUGUUGAUCACGCCGGCCACCGCUAUGGACCCGACCACCCCGAGAUGGCCAAGAAGCUGCAGCAGAUGAACACGUUCAUCAAGGAUCUGGCGUCCAACAUUGACGAUGACACUUUGUUGAUUGUCAUGGGUGACCAUGGUAUGGACAGCAAGGGAGACCACGGCGGCGAGAGCGAGGAUGAAGUCGAGGCUGCUCUGUGGAUGUAUUCCCCCAAGCCUGUGUUUGGCAGAACCAAGCCCGAGUAUGUCACUCCCCCGGCUACCGCCAAGACUCGUCCGACCAACCAGAUCGACCUCGUCCCAACUCUGGCGCUGCUCAUGGGUAUUCCCAUCCCUUACAAUAACUUGGGUCACCCGAUCGAGGAGGCCUUUGUUGGUCCUCGUGGCACUGCCUGGGACAGGCUGGCUGCCGCGGAGCGCAUGGCUGCCGCUGGCAUCAAGCGCUACCAGACGUCGUACUUCUCUGCCCGCGGAAUCGAGCAGGCUACGACCCCUGGGUCGCCCGCUGAUUUGUGGGAUAAGGCUGAGGCUCUGGUUCCCAAGAGCAAGGUCAAGAAGGGUCAUAGCUGGGAGCCUGUGUUCUUGGCCUAUGCUGAGUAUCAGAGGGAAACCCUGGAUUAUUCCAAGAGCCUCUGGGCCAGGUUCGAUGUCAAGAACAUGGUCAUUGGCAUUAGCAUCAUGGCCUCCAGCGUCAUUGCUCUUCUUGUCUACAUUAACAAGCGUACAGAAGAUGACGACGUCUUGGUGAUUGAAGACUCCGAGCUUGAUCAUGCCGAGAAGAGCCUAGAGCUACAGGGUAUCACCGCUGACGAAGGCCAAACCCUUGAGAAGCGUCUGUUCCGUGCCGCCAUGUUGGGAGCCCUUCCUGGCAUCUUCGGCGGACUUCUGCAAUCCUAUCUGUCUGGUAAUGGUGAUUGGUAUCGCGGUUCGGCCAUCGGCGCGCUCACCAGCGCCGCAACCGUCUUGGUCGCUCUGUACGAUGCAGAGGGACCCAGCUUCAACGUCCUCCCCACGACUCUCUGGGGCUGGAUGGCCGUGGUCUUUACCAUCAGCCAGUCUAUCGGCUUCGCCUCCAACUCAUACACCAUCUGGGAGGACUCGAUCCAGCUCUUCAUGAUGACCACUUUUGGUCUCGUUACGGCCUUCUCGGCGUUCCGCAUGGAGUCGCUUCCGGACCGCUUCAUGACCAUCUAUCACUCCGUCCUCUUCGUUCUGCUGGGCCGGCUCGCCUCCUUCUCCAAGCUCUGCCGCGAGGAGCAGAUGCCGUACUGCACGUCGACCUAUUACGCUAGCGCCACCUCCUCGACCUCGGCCCCCUGGCAAUUGGCCAUCCCCUUCAUCGCCGCCAUCAUCCUCCCUUCCAUCAUCAAAGCCUACCUCGCGCCGUCCAAAUCAUACGAGGGUCUUGCCCCGACCUGGAUCGGUUACGUCUUCCGCGCCGGCCUUUUCUUCUCGGCCAUCUACUGGGUCCUCGACGCCGCCGACAACGGCAACUGGCUCUCCUCGCUCUCCUCCCUUUCCUCCUACCUCCCCUCCUCGGCCUCCGACACCCUCUCUACCCUACCCCCUCUCCCAGACAAGGCCCUCAAGACCCUCUCCGUCUACACCGCGCAAAUGAUCCUCGGUCUCGCCCUCGUCGCCGGCUCCACUGCUUUCGUCUGGGCUCCUCCCUGCAUCUCCAUCGUCACCACCGCUCUCCGCUCUCCCAAAACCGCCGCCGACCCUCUCGCUGCCAUCCCUGGCGCGCAAACCGCCCAGGUCACCGUCCUAGGCUACGGCAACGCCCACGGCGCUCGCUACCUCCUCCUGCCCUUGAACUUCUUUGUCGCCCUCUUCCUCCUCACCAAACCCAUGGGCGCCGGCGCUUUGGCCUUGACCCUUUGGCAAUCUCUCUCCCUCCUCGAGAUCCUCGACUUGCUUAACCUCCCAAUCGGCUCCAACCCCAUCGGCCCCGUCAUGCUCGCCCUGCUCGGCCAAAAUGCCUUUUUCAAGACCGGCCACCAGGCCGUCCUGUCUUCCAUUCAGUGGGACAGUGCCUUCAUCCCGCUUUACAGCAUCAAAUAUCCCUGGUCGCCCCUCUUGGUCAUUCUCAACACCUUUGCGGGCCAAAUCCUCGCUACCAUCUUGGUCCCCAUGCUCGUCCUCUGGAAGAGCGGUCCCAAGAGAAGAGGCAUCUUGGGAAGCGUCAGCAGAGCGCUCGGCGUUUUCGUGGCGUUUUAUGCCACCCAGGCGUUGGCGACCAUGAUGUGGGCGGGGCAUUUGCGGAGACACUUGAUGCUUUAUCGGGUGUUUAGUCCUAGGUUCAUGACGGCGGCCGUGACGCUUUUGGUGGUAGAUGUGGUUGCUGUGGUGGUGGGGUUGACAGGUGUGAGGGUGAAUAUGAUGAGUGUGGCGGAGGUUUUCGGGUGGGCUGAUUGAUCUAAAAGAAAGGGGGAAAAAAGAAGAGAAUGAAGUGAAUGUUCAUGUUGAUGUUGAUAUGUUUGCAUAAUUAUACUGUUGGCAUAUAUAGAAUGGUUAAUCGGGUGUUGGGUGGUUGGGUUGGUUGGGUUUGUGUAUAAAAAUGUUCUAACUGUAAUGGAUGGGGUUGGUUACACGAAGUAAAUAAAACGCUUGUAGUGUAUGGGUUGAAUAUAAGAACCAAGAGAAGAAAGCCUCAAGCUGUAAAUCGUAAUCUAUACGAUCUGUUUAUUAACGAGCAUCACGGGCGAUAUGGAAAGGGGGGACAUCCCGUAGACAGUUCUAUGGGUGAGUUGUCAACCGGGACUGUAUUCAUUGCCUUGAGUCAGAUGACUCAAGAAACAAAAGUCC